GAAGACAGUGAUCCAGCAGUUCACGAAAGCCUAAGCAUAGAAAAUACAUUAUGGGCAAGCACUGUUGUUGCUUCAGGAACUGUAAUUGGUGUUGUCAUUUACACAGGCAAGGAAACUCGAAGUGUAAUGAACACAUCCAAUCCAAAAAAUAAGGUUGGCUUGCUGGACCUGGAGUUGAAUCAACUGACCAAAGCCCUGUUUUUGGCUUUAGUUGCGCUAUCAGUUGUUAUGGUAACCUUGCAAGGAUUUGUAGGCCCAUGGUAUCGUAACCUUUUCCGGUUCCUCCUCCUGUUUUCCUAUAUCAUCCCGAUCAGUUUACGUGUGAACUUGGACAUGGGUAAGGCAGCCUAUGGGUGGAUGAUUAUGAAAGAUGACAAUAUUCCUGGAACAGUUGUUCGAACUAGCACCAUACCAGAAGAGUUGGGACGAUUAGUUUAUUUACUAACGGAUAAAACAGGAACACUUACACAGAAUGAGAUGAUAUUUAAGCGCCUCCACCUAGGUACUGUGUCCUAUGGAACAGACACAAUGGAUGAAAUUCAGAGUCAUAUUAUAAACUCUUAUUCACAGGUGCACUCUCAGAAUAGUGGAAACAGUACAAGUUCAACACCAUCUAGGAAAUCUCAGUCAUCUGCACCCAAAGUCCGCAAGAGUGUCAGCAGUCGGAUACACGAAGCAGUGAAGGCCAUUGCACUGUGCCACAAUGUGACCCCAGUGUAUGAAUCCCGGGCUGGUGUGUCUGGAGAAACAGAAUAUGCAGAGGUGGAUCAGGACUUCAGCGAUGAAAAUCGAACUUACCAGGCUUCCAGCCCUGAUGAGGUAGCUCUGGUGCAGUGGACGGAGAGUGUCGGUCUCACUCUGGUUAACAGGGAUUUGACCUCAAUGCAGCUGAAGACCCCUGGUGGACACAUUCUGACGUACUAUAUUCUGCAGAUCUUCCCCUUCACUUCAGAGAGCAAGCGCAUGGGGAUCAUAGUUAGGGAUGAAUCUUCAGGAGAAAUUACAUUUUACAUGAAGGGUGCAGAUGUUGCAAUGUCCACUAUUGUACAGUACAAUGAUUGGUUAGAAGAAGAGUGUGGUAAUAUGGCACGAGAAGGACUGCGUACGCUGGUUGUUGCCAAAAAAUCACUGACUGAAGAACAGUAUCAAGAUUUUGAGAGUCGAUAUAACCAAGCAAAGUUAAGCAUACAUGACAGAAACCUGAAGGUUGCUGCUGUUGUAGAGAGUUUGGAGCGAGAAAUGGAAUUGCUGUGUCUCACUGGAGUAGAAGAUCAGCUGCAAGCAGAUGUUAGACCAACUCUAGAGAUGCUAAGAAAUGCUGGAAUAAAGAUAUGGAUGUUAACAGGAGAUAAACUGGAGACAGCAACUUGCAUUGCGAAAAGUUCUCACUUAGUGUCUAGGACUCAAGAUAUUCACAUUUUCAGACCUGUUACCACUCGAGGAGAGGCUCACUUAGAGCUAAAUGCCUUUAGGAGGAAGCAUGACUGUGCCUUGGUGAUAUCUGGGGACUCACUUGAGGUUUGUCUGAAGUAUUAUGAGCAUGAAUUUGUAGAGUUGGCUUGUCAGUGUCCUGCUGUAGUGUGCUGCCGAUGUUCUCCCACCCAAAAAGCUCAUAUUGUGAAACUGUUACAACACCACACUGGAAAACGCACGUGUGCAAUAGGUGAUGGAGGAAAUGAUGUCAGCAUGAUCCAAGCAGCAGACUGUGGAAUUGGAAUUGAAGGCAAGGAGGGAAAACAAGCUUCCCUAGCAGCUGACUUUUCUAUCACACAGUUCAAACACAUAGGUAGGCUGCUGAUGGUACAUGGUCGAAACAGUUACAAAAGAUCAGCAGCACUUGGUCAAUUUGUCAUGCACCGAGGCCUUAUUAUUUCAACUAUGCAGGCUGUAUUUUCAUCAGUCUUCUAUUUUGCAUCUGUUCCCUUGUACCAAGGAUUCCUAAUGGUAGGGUAUGCAACCAUAUAUACUAUGUUUCCAGUCUUCUCUCUAGUAUUGGAUCAGGAUGUGAAGCCAGAAAUGGCAUUGCUAUAUCCAGAACUUUAUAAGGAUCUCACAAAGGGAAGAUCGUUGUCAUUUAAGACCUUCCUCAUCUGGGUUUUAAUCAGUAUUUACCAAGGUGGUAUUCUGAUGUAUGGAGCCUUGCUGCUUUUUGAAUCUGAAUUUGUACAUGUCGUUGCCAUUUCCUUCACUGCCCUGAUCUUGACUGAGCUCUUGAUGGUUGCACUGACCAUACGAACAUGGCACUGGUUAAUGGUGGUGGCUGAAUUCCUCAGUCUUGGCUGCUAUGUGGCCUCUCUUGCAUUUCUAAAUGAAUACUUUGGUAUAGGCAGAGUGUCUUUUGGAGCUUUCUUAGAUGUUGCCUUUAUCACAACUGUGACCUUCCUGUGGAAAGUGUCAGCAAUCACUGUUGUAAGCUGUCUUCCACUUUACAUUCUCAAGUACUUGAAGCGCAAAUUUUCUCCUCCAAGUUACUCCAAGCUUACCUCGUAAAAGUAAUUGUAUUCCUAUGGUUUUUCACUCACACUAGUCUGCAAAUUGCACAUUCACUGUGCUUUAGUUUCUAUGGAUUUAUGUUGGACUAAAGAAAUUUAAAAAAAAAAGUGAUAGAGUGAAUAGAGCACAAAAAGAGAAGGAAACAUCUGACAGGUAUAAUAACACAGAAGUACACUUAACAAGACUAUCAGAGAUAAACUAAAUUUUCUUCAUGUUGAUUUUUUUUUUUUUUUACUUUCAGUUGCUAUGAUUAUAAAAUAAAACUGAAUUACCUUUGAUUUGAAAAUGCUUCUGGAUGGUUUCAUUGCUACUGUAAAGGAUUUUUUUUCCUACUGUACUAAUCUUCUGCAAGUUGAAUUGAAAGUUUUGUUACUUAUUGCAUAACUUCCCUUCUUUAAUUAUUACAUAACUUCCUAAUUGAAGUCCUUUCCUUUAAUGUUUAUAUAUGGAAA